AUGAAGGCGCUGAUUUUGGUUGGAGGGUUUGGAACAAGGUUGAGGCCUCUGACACUCAGCGUUCCCAAGCCUCUUGUUGAUUUUGCUAACAAGCCCAUGAUUCUACAUCAGAUAGAGGCUCUCAAGGCCAUUGGAGUGAAUGAAGUGGUACUAGCUAUCAAUUACCAACCAGAGGUUAUGUUGAAUUUCUUGAAGGAAUUCGAGGCAAAACUUGGCAUCAAAAUCACUUGUUCUCAAGAAACUGAACCACUGGGUACAGCUGGCCCCUUGGCUCUUGCGAGGGAUAAGCUGGUAGAUGGCUCUGGAGAGCCAUUUUUUGUUCUCAACAGUGAUGUUAUCAGUGAGUAUCCACUUAAAGAAAUGAUUGCAUUCCACAAAGCCCAUGGAGGAGAGGCUUCCAUAAUGGUUACAAAGGUCGAUGAACCAUCGAAAUAUGGUGUGGUUGUGAUGGAUGAGACUACUGGGCAAGUUGAGAAAUUUGUAGAGAAACCAAAGUUGUUUGUUGGUAACAAAAUCAAUGCUGGAAUCUACCUAUUGAACCCCUCAGUUUUGGAUCGAAUUGAACUGAGACCGACUUCUAUCGAGAAAGAGGUGUUUCCUAAUAUUGCAGCAGCGAAAAAGCUAUAUGCAAUGGUCUUGCCAGGAUUCUGGAUGGACAUUGGACAACCAAGGGACUAUAUUUCUGGCCUGACACUUUACCUGGACUCACUGAGGAAAAACUCUCCUUCUAAACUUGCCAGUGGUCCGCACAUUGUGGGAAAUGUUAUUGUGCACGAAACUGCCAAUAUUGGUGAGGGAUGUCUAAUUGGACCGGAUGUUGCAAUCGGUCCUGGCUGUGUCGUUGAGUCAGGUGUCAGGCUUUCACGCUGCACGGUUAUGCGAGGAGUUCGGAUUAGAAAGCACUCUUGCAUAUCCAGCAGUAUCAUUGGAUGGCAUUCCACUGUAGGGCAAUGGGCCCGAGUGGAGAAUAUGACUAUCCUUGGAGAAGAUGUCCAUGUUUGUGAUGAAGUUUACAGCAAUGGUGGUGUAGUUUUACCCCACAAGGAGAUCAAGUCAAACAUUCUGAAGCCAGAGAUAGUCAUGUGA